AUGUCUUUCCCCAACGAUGGAGUGUAUACUAUCAGAAACGUUGGCACAAACCUCAUGCUCGAUCUGACGAGCGACAGCACCAAUGAAGGCAACCAGAUUCAAGUCUACCCUAACAAUGGCACCGUGGCUCAACAGUGGAUGAUCAAGAGGCAAAAUGAGCCAGGGACCUCCAACAAAACUCUCAGCAUUCAGUCCAACAACAACGGCAACAAUGGAAAUGGAUGCUUUGCUACCGCCAAGGACGCUGCGGGAGAACCAGUCGUUUAUACUAGGCAGGCGUUUGUCGUCGAUCUUUGUGGACAAGCGGACAAUAGUUUCAAGUGA